UGCACUCACAGCAGCCGCCCUUUCUCCCUUCUCCUACCUGCUUCCGUUGACAACAUCAAUGGUGGACAACAUGGCGGCAAAGAAAAUUGUAAACAGCUAUCAAACUGAGAUUGUCGAAUCUGCUGUCAACCGCUGGAUAGUUGAUUAUUAUUUUUAUCUGGGGCUAGAGCUGUUUAAAAACGAGCAGUACGCGGACUUCUGUGGCAUUAGAGAUAUCCUUGAGGGUGUCUUGGUCCGUCCUUUGGAGUACACCGAUGUUUUGAAAACAAAAAUUCGAAUAUUGCAGUUUCUCACCCGGAUAAAUGACGGUGAAGAAAAGGACGUGUCCUUUGAGGAUGACCAUUCUGUAACUCCUCUGGAAUCAGCCUUACGUGUGCUGGAAGAAAUGAGCAAGGAAUGCAGUAUACCACAGCAGGAUUUCGAGAAAGUAUGCACUUCAAUUAAAGACAUGAUGGUGUGGAUGCUCAUUAACAACAAUGAGUUUGACAAAGCAAAAGAAGUGCUGAACAAACGCUUUCCCAAACCAAUGGUUGGCAAGAAAGCUAUAUUUAUGAGUCUCAUCAAAAAGAAGAGUAAAAUGCAUGAAGUCGAGCAAAUCAACUUUCCACGGUUCAAGAAUGAGAUGUUGGCCUUUUGCCAGAGUCUCUGCCCACUCAGUGUUCCCUUUCUCCACAAGGCUGCAACACAUCUUAUUGAUGAACGACUCAAGGCGCAAAUCGACAAGGAAGCUGAACCUGAUGAGCAAGAGAAAGCAGGCCCGUCCUUCACUCCACCUAUAAACAGCAUCCCCUUUAGACCAUGUAAACAUACAAUAAUCCAGAGGGCUAGGCUGGAGGCGGCCUACAAGGCUUUGGCUGCAGGUUCAUAUGAGAAAACAUUUGCUCAGCUGGAGGAAGAAGUGGAGGAAGAGGAGCAGGCAAGAAAAGAAGUUCUCUGCCUGCGCCUCUCUCCUAGUCCCGAGAUGGGCACCGAUCGAGACUUGGAGCAGGAUGGGCUGUUUCAGAGAGACUCAGGCAGCCCCAUGGAGGCUUCCCCAGCAGACCAACCACCACACACAGACGCUGAUCCUCAAACACAGGCAGGUUCGCUCUCAAAGACCCCCUCAGUGUUGAGGAACAGGCGGCUUUACACUGUGGCACGACUGGUGGUCGAGCCGGACAGCCAGGGGAGCUCGCAGUGCACAACGGCUUUACAGGAAGUGGAGACUGAUGUCCGUACAGAAGAGCCACCACAGUCACUGGCUAUACCCAGUAGAAAAGACUCGCAGAGCCCAUUAACAGACAAUGAGGUUACCAUACCUGUGCGGAAGUGCCCCAGACGAGCCAACAAAAUUAGCCGCAGAGCCUCUACUUGUCCGGCAGAGUUGUCAACAGAGAGUGACGAGGACCCCCCUGACUCUGAGGAGAACUGGGAGAUCUCUGCGGGAAAACGCCAUAGCCAGUCCAACAGUUCACUCAGCGGAAACUCCACCAAGUCAAAAGAGUCCUCAUCAGACAGUAAGGAAGACCCACAGGAGUCACUGGCUCCCUGCAAAACCCCAGUGCGGAAACCUCGUAAACAACUAGCCAGCGAACAUCUCAGCAAGGAUCCAGAUGUCGUCUGUAUCGCAGAUUCAUUGGACAGCUCACCCAAUCUGUUCCCUCCUCACCCUGUCCCUCAAACGAGCUCCACUCCUCACAAGGACUCAGGGCCUUCCGAUUCCAAAUGGAAACGGCUGUUGAAAGAGGCUAAAGAAACAAAGGAAACAUGGAGCGAUGAAGAGUCAUAUGUCACCUCCAGAAAGAAAACCGGAUCGCACAACGAGAGCACCAUUUCCAAUUCAGGCAACAAGAAGAGGAAGUGGAGUGAGAGUGAGACAAAUAAGUUGAAAGAAGGGGUCAGAAAGUUUGGAGAAGGCAACUGGAGUAAGAUAAUGGCAUAUUACUCCUUCAAGGAUCGAACGAAUGUCAACCUAAAGGACAGGUGGAGAACAUUGAAGAAGACAAACCAGGUCUGAGUGGACAAGUGAUGGAUGGACAUUAUACAAUAGUCCACAAUUCUUUCCGAACGGUUCCUAAAAGCAAUUUUUUUUAUUUGUUAUUCCUCUUGUUCAGCAAAAUCUUUUUCUCCUGUGUAUCAUGUUUCAAGAUAUUGUACAAUUUAAGUUCAUGCCAUCUUCAAUAAAUUGUCGGGGUUUAAUUUGUAA